AUGGAGCGGUGCAGCCGCUGCCAUCGCCUCCUGCUGCUGGUGCCGCUGCUGCUGGGGCUGAGCGCCGCCCCCGCCUGGGCAGGUGCAGCCCCCGUGGACGUGCUUCGGGCCCUGAGGUUCCCCGCCCUCCCUGACGGUGUCCGGAGGGCGAGAGGCAUCUGUCCAGAUGAUGUGGCCUACCGAGUGUCCCGGCCUGCCCAGCUCAGCGCACCCACCCGUCAGCUCUUUCCAGGAGGCUUUCCCAAAGAUUUCUCUCUGCUGACUGUGGUCCGGACCCGCCCAGGCCUCCAGGCGCCCCUCCUGACCCUCUACAGUGCCCAGGGCGUCCGGCAGCUGGGCCUGGAGCUCGGCCGGCCCGUCCGCUUCCUGUACGAGGACCAGACUGGACGGCCGCAGCCGCCGGCUCAGCCUGUCUUCCGAGGCCUCAGCCUGGCAGAUGGCAAGUGGCACCGUGUGGCUGUGGCUGUGAAAGGCCAGUCCGUCACCCUCGUAAUUGACUGUAAGAAGCGAGUCACGCGACCCCUCCCCCGGAGCGCCCGCCCAGUGCUGGACACUCGGGGCGUGAUCAUCUUUGGUGCUCGGAUCCUGGACGAGGAAGUCUUCGAGGGUGAUAUUCAGGAGCUUUCCAUCAUCCCGGGGGUGCAAGCUGCCUACGAAUCCUGUGACCAGAAGGAGAUGGAGUGCGAGGGGGGUUGGAGGGAGAGACCUCAGAGACAGCAGUCUCACAGAACCCAGAGAUCACCGAAGCAGCAACCACCAAGACUUCACAGGCCACAAAACCAGGAACCCCAGCCACAGUCCACUGAGUCUGUCUACUAUGACUACGAGCUCCCCUAUGUGAUGACUACUGGCACCACCCCUGAUUAUCAGGACCCCACCCCAGGUGAAGAGGAAGGAAUCCUGGAGUCAAGUCCUUUGCCACCCCCUGAGGAGGAGCAGACAGAUCUCCAGGUCCCCCCCACAGCCGACAGGUUCCUGACAGAGGAAUAUGGGGAGGGUGGCACAGAGCCCCCAGCAGGGCCCUACGAUUACACCUAUGCCUACGGGGAUGAUUACCGCGAGGAGACGGAGCUUGGCCCUGCCCUGUCUGCGGAGACAGCCCGCUCGGGAGCCGCUGCCCGUGGACCCCGGGGGCUGAAGGGAGAGAAGGGGGAGCCUGCAGUGCUGGAACCUGGCAUGCUAGUGGAGGGGCCCCCUGGUCCAGAAGGCCCUGCGGGAUUUCCUGGUCCCCCUGGUAUCCAAGGCAACCCAGGCCCAGUUGGAGACCCAGGCGAGAGGGGCCCCCCGGGCCGAGCAGGGCUCCCUGGAUCAGACGGUGCCCCUGGCCCUCCUGGAACAUCCCUCAUGCUCCCCUUCCGGUUCGGCAGUGGUGGGGGCGACAAGGGCCCCGUGGUGGCGGCCCAGGAGGCCCAGGCCCAGGCGAUUCUGCAGCAGGCGCGGAUGGCCCUCCGAGGACCCCCCGGCCCCAUGGGAUACACAGGCCGCCCUGGCCCCCUGGGACAACCCGGGAGCCCUGGCAUGAAAGGAGAGUCUGGAGACCUGGGACCUCAGGGCCCCAGAGGACCUCAGGGCCUCAUGGGCCCUCCUGGCAAGGCGGGGCGAAGGGGCCGAGCGGGUGCUGAUGGAGCCCGAGGGAUGCCUGGGGAACCUGGAGUGAAGGGUGACCGAGGAUUUGAUGGCCUCCCAGGGCUGCCUGGGGAGAAGGGACACAGAGGUGAUACUGGUGCCCAGGGCCUUCCUGGGCCCCCUGGUGAGGAUGGAGAGAGAGGAGACGACGGAGAGAUCGGGCCUCGGGGGCUGCCGGGAGAGUCGGGACCUCGAGGUCUCCUUGGCCCCAAAGGCCCUCCUGGGAUUCCUGGACCCCCGGGGGUCCGAGGCAUGGAUGGUCCCCACGGUCCCAAAGGCAGCUUGGGACCCCAGGGAGAACCAGGACCUCCCGGGCAGCAGGGCACCCCCGGGACCCAGGGUCUCCCUGGGCCCCAGGGUGCCAUCGGCCCUCAUGGAGAGAAGGGUCCUCGAGGGAAACCAGGGCUGCCUGGCAUGCCCGGCUCAGAUGGACCCCCGGGUCACCCGGGCAAGGAAGGCCCCCCCGGAACCAAAGGAAACCAGGGGCCAUCCGGACCUCAGGGUCCUCUGGGGUACCCAGGACCUCGGGGCAUCAAGGGCGUGGAUGGAAUUCGGGGUCUGAAGGGUCACAAGGGUGAAAAGGGCGAGGAUGGCUUUCCUGGCUUCAAAGGUGACAUGGGUGUGAAAGGCGACAGGGGCGAGGUCGGAGUCCCCGGUUCCAGGGGCGAGGAUGGCCCUGAGGGGCCGAAGGGGCGCACUGGACCCACGGGGGACCCUGGGCCCCCAGGGCUCAUGGGCGAGAAGGGCAAGCUGGGUGUUCCUGGUCUGCCUGGCUACCCCGGACGCCAGGGCCCCAAGGGGUCCCUGGGAUUUCCGGGUUUUCCUGGAGCCAGUGGAGAGAAGGGAGCCCGGGGCCUGUCAGGAAAAUCAGGGCCUCGGGGAGAGCGUGGCCCCACGGGUCCGCGUGGUCAGCGGGGACCUCGAGGCGCCACCGGGAAGUCUGGAGCCAAGGGAACCUCAGGUGGAGAUGGCCCCCACGGGCCUCCCGGAGAGAGGGGUCUCCCUGGGCCUCAGGGCCCCAACGGAUUUCCUGGCCCCAAAGGACCCCCGGGCCCCCCCGGGAAGGACGGGCUGCCGGGACACCCAGGCCAGAGAGGAGAAGUGGGCUUCCAAGGGAAGACCGGCCCCCCUGGCCCCCCAGGAGUGGUGGGACCCCAGGGAGCCGCCGGGGAAACCGGGCCCAUGGGGGAGCGAGGUCACCCAGGCCCGCCCGGCCCCCCUGGAGAGCAGGGACUGACCGGAACAGCUGGGAAAGAAGGCACGAAGGGUGACCCCGGACCCCCUGGGGCCCCAGGGAAGGAUGGUCCCGCUGGUCUGAGGGGCUUUCCGGGAGAGAGAGGCCUCCCUGGCACUGCUGGCGGGCCUGGUUUGAAGGGGAAUGAAGGGCCGGCUGGUCCCCCUGGCCCUGCGGGAUCCCCUGGUGAGCGAGGUUCGGCAGGAUCCGGGGGACCCAUUGGCCCCCCAGGGCGCCCGGGACCGCAGGGUCCGCCUGGAGCAGCGGGAGAGAAAGGUGUCCCGGGCGAGAAAGGCCCCAUCGGUCCGACCGGCCGCGAUGGGGUGCAGGGUCCCGUGGGGCUUCCUGGCCCCGCCGGGCCCCCGGGUGUGGCAGGAGAGGAUGGAGACAAGGGUGAGGUGGGAGACCCUGGACAGAAGGGCGCCAAAGGCAACAAAGGGGAGCACGGCCCCCCUGGGCCCCCUGGACCCAUCGGGCCUGUGGGGCAGCCUGGCGCUGCGGGGGCAGAUGGGGAGCCUGGAGCUCGGGGUCCCCAGGGACACUUCGGAGCCAAAGGUGACGAAGGAACAAGAGGAUUCAAUGGACCCCCGGGACCCAUUGGUCUGCAGGGUCUGCCAGGCCCCUCAGGGGAGAAGGGAGAAACAGGAGACGUGGGCCCGAUGGGACCACCUGGCCCCCCAGGACCUCGAGGCCCAGCUGGACCCAACGGAGCAGAUGGUCCACAAGGCCCCCCAGGAGGUGUUGGGAACUUGGGUCCCCCUGGAGAGAAGGGGGAGCCAGGAGAGUCAGGAUCUCCGGGAGUCCAGGGCGAGCCAGGGGUCAAGGGUCCACGUGGGGAGCGCGGGGAGAAAGGAGAGACCGGGCAGGCAGGAGAGGCGGGACCACCGGGGCCUAAGGGCCCCGCCGGCGACGACGGUCCCAAAGGGAACCCCGGUCCUGUUGGUUUUCCUGGUGACCCUGGCCCUCCUGGAGAAGUUGGCCCUCGGGGCCAGGAUGGCGCCAAGGGUGACCGUGGAGAGGAUGGGGAGCCAGGACAGCCUGGGUCCCCCGGUCCCACGGGGGAGAAUGGACCUCCUGGACCGCUUGGAAAGAGGGGACCUGCGGGCACGCCUGGUCCUGAAGGGCGACAAGGAGAGAAGGGCGCCAAGGGGGAUCCUGGCGCUGUGGGCGCCCCAGGGAAGACAGGCCCUGUGGGUCCUGCAGGCCCAGCAGGAAAGCCUGGUCCUGACGGCCUGAGAGGUCUCCCUGGCUCAGUGGGUCAGCAAGGCCGUCCCGGGGCCACAGGCCAGGCCGGACCUCCAGGCCCUGUGGGACCCCCAGGGCUGCCUGGCCUCCGGGGCGAUGUUGGGGCCAAGGGAGAGAAGGGUCACCCAGGUCUCAUCGGACUCAUCGGCCCCCCUGGGGAGCAGGGGGAGAAGGGUGAUCGCGGGCUUCCUGGUCCUCAGGGCUCUACCGGGCAAAAGGGAGAGACGGGCAUCCCGGGAGCAUCUGGCCCCAUUGGUCCUGGAGGGCCCCCCGGCCUCCCUGGACCUGCUGGCCCCAAAGGAGCCAAAGGAGCCACAGGCCCGGCCGGACCUAAGGGAGAGAAGGGCGUCCAGGGUCCUCCGGGACACCCGGGCCCCCCGGGCGAAGUGAUCCAGCCCCUGCCCAUCCAGAUGCCCAAGAAGACGCGGCGCUCGGUGGACGGAAGCCGCCUGAUGCAGGAAGAUGAAGCUGUGCCGACUGGGGGCGCCCCGGGCAGUCCUGGGGGGCUGGAGGAGAUCUUUGGCUCCCUGGACUCCCUGCGGGAGGAAAUCGAGCAAAUGAGGCGGCCCACGGGGACCCAGGACAGCCCUGCUCGCACCUGCCAGGACCUGAAGCUCUGCCACCCGGAGCUACCCGACGGAGAGUACUGGGUCGACCCCAACCAGGGCUGUGCUCGGGAUGCCUUCCGGGUUUUCUGCAACUUUACGGCUGGAGGGGAAACCUGUGUGACGCCCAGGGACGAUGUCACGCAGUUCUCCUACGUGGACUCCGAGGGCGCCCCAGUGGGCGUGGUGCAGCUCACCUUCCUGCGGCUGCUCAGCGUCUCAGCCCGCCAGAACAUCUCCUACCCCUGCUCUGGGGAGGCCCAGGACAGCCCCCUGAAGCUCCGGGGGGCCAACGAGGACGAGCUGAGCCCGGAGACCAGCCCCUACGUCAAGGAGAUCCGGGACGGCUGCCAGACCCAGCAAGGCCGGACGGUGCUGGAGGUUCGCACGCCUGUGCUGGAGCAGCUGCCGGUGCUGGACGCCUCCUUCUCGGACCUGGGGGCCCCUCCAAGGCGGGGCGGGGUGCUGCUGGGGCCUGUCUGCUUCAUGGGCUAGGACCUCCUCCUCCGUCUGACCCUGCCCGCCGACGCCAGGCCCACCUGGAAUCCCACAGCGUCGGCUCUGUGCCACCUCGCAGGAGGGCUUCUCACCCUCCAGGGGCCUUGGGCCAGGGCCCCGAGAGCCCCCCGUCAGGGGUAAAGCAGGAGAGGAGCACCCCGGGCCUCGCGGCCCUCCCCCUGGAGCCUGUGCCCUGCUCGACAGCCGAGACCCUUAUUUAAACUUUACCUCCCAGUCACCCCAAACACGUGGAAGAGAAGAGAAAGGACACUGUGUAUUUUGUAUUUAAAAGUAAUUAUUAAUUAUUUAAAGCGGGGGGAAAACAAAAUGACAAAAAAGAUAGAGAAAUGCCAACAAAUAUCAGCGGACUUUGGAGACGGGGCUCUCCAGGGGUGGCCCCAGCACCCUCCUCCUCGCCUCAGGGCUUUCCUCAGUGACUGUGGGGGGCUGGGGGCCGACCCCCGCCUCCCUCACACCCACCCGCAGCACCCACUGUGAACGCUGGAAUACACGGCCUCCUUUGUCUCA